GCUCCAUGUGAUUACAUGUCAUUUUGAUUUGUUUAUUACUGGAAUAUUGUGUUAAUUGUUAACAACAACAACAAGAGUUAAACAAUGGUUCGACCACUUGUUGAUGUUUUAAAAAAAACAGGUGAAUUCUCAAAGCAAUAUGCAAAUUUGCCAGAAAGAUAUGUCAAACGUUCAAUGGAACAGAUUUAUUGGCAAACUCCAAAAGGAAAUCCUCGAUUUAGUAAAAGAAUAAUACAAAGAGAACAAUUUAAAUUUUCAACUCAUCGUCCAUGGACAAGAGAAUUUUAUUGGGAAAAUCAUCCAGGAAAAAAACUUUAUGAAGAUGUUGUCAAUCCAAUCAAGCAGUGGAGUUGGUUCAGAGGUGACAGAGUUGAAAUAUUGACUGGACGUGAUAAAGGAAAACAAGGAUAUAUCAAUCAAAUUAUUCAAGAGAGAAAUUGGGUACUUGUUGAAGGCAUGAACACAAAACUAAAUGCAAUGGGAAAAACUAAAAAUUUUCCAGGUAUCAUGGUGUUACAAGAACAACCUCUAAAUGUGCUGAAUGACAUUGCCUUGGUGGAUCCAUCUGAUGAAAAACAUACGUCAUUUGAAUGGCGUUAUACUGAAGAAGGUGAACAUGUUAGAGUAUCAACAAGAACUGGAAGAAUUAUUCCAAUUCCAAUAACACAACAAGAAACAAUUGAUUAUAAAGCUCCUCAUCUUUACAAUGAUCAACCAAAGGACACUUCUAAAGCUGAUGCACAAAAAAUUACUUAUAAGGCUGCUUUGAAAACAUUUGAAAUGGAUAUUAUGGAAAAAAUGGGAAUCAAGGAAGAUCGAAUUCCUAAAAAGACAUAUUGGUAUUAGACAGAUUUUAAAAAACUUGAUAAUGUUAUGAAAAACAUUUUUUUUGUAGAAAAUUUAAUAUUGAAUAAAAAUAAAUUGAUACACAAAAAUA